GAAACAAAGAGAUACCACAACCACAAACAUAUCACCAAAUUUCUUCACUGAUUCAAACGGCUCCGAAACCCUAGGGAGGGUUUCCAAUCACAACAAUCCGAUCAACAUUUCUCAGAUCCACUUUCCAACUCACCAUCACCAUCAUCAUCAUCGUCGUGCGGUGUGAUCUAAUCGUUUUUCGGAUUCAUUUUAUCCAGAUUUUACCGUCAAUCGAUCCACGUUCUCAUUUACAAAACCUAAACCUAAUUAUCGUUUCAUAAUUUGUUGUUUCACGAGUUUCUGAGGCGCGAUUCUGUUCGAUUUGGAUUUGGAUGUGAAAUUAGAAUCGAAAUGGAACGAUUCGAAGCAGAUGAACGUUAAUUUUUAUUAUUAGACGGGAUAUAUUAUGGUGUGAAUCAAUUUAAUGCAAUGGCAUUUUCAUGUUGGAGAGAACUGGCUUCAGAGUUUAGAUUAGGGACAUUUGAGAUCUCUCUUGGCGCGAAUCCGCUAACGAUGGAGGAAUUUGUUGUAACAGGGAUACACAUUUGAUAUUUACAUGGAUACUACGAAAAAAAUUGCCGUAGGUUCUCAUGUAUGGGUGGAAGACUCAUCAGUGGCUUGGAUUGACGGAGAAGUAUUAAAAAUAAAUGGAUCAGAAACUGAAAUCCAAACUACUGAUGGAAAGAAAGUUGUUGCGAAACUAUCAAAAGUACACCCCAAAGAGAUGGACUAUCCUGAAGGUGGAGUAGAUGACAUGACCAAACUUUCUUAUUUACAUGAGCCUGGCGUUUUGCAUAACCUAUCUGUCAGAUAUCAACAAGAUAAAAUCUAUACUUAUACAGGAAAUAUCCUCAUCGCCAUUAACCCAUUUCAAAAUUUGUCUCACUUGUAUGAUGCUGACCUAAUGAAAAAAUACAAAGGAGCACAAUUUGGGACUCUGAAUCCUCAUGUAUUUGCAAUUGCAGAAGUUGCUUUCAGGGAAAUGGUCACCGAAGGAAAAAGCAACUCAAUUCUCGUUAGUGGUGAAAGUGGUGCGGGUAAGACUGAAACUACUAAAAUGCUUAUGAGAUAUCUUGCAUAUGUUGGCGGUCAUAAAGGCAUUGAAGGAAGAACCGUUGAGCAACAAGUUCUGGAAUCAAAUCCGGUUCUGGAAGCAUUUGGCAAUGCGAAAACUGUUAGAAAUAACAAUUCCAGCCGUUUUGGAAAAUUUGUUGAGCUUCAGUUUGAUAAACAGGGAAGAAUAUCUGGAGCGGCCAUCCGGACAUAUCUUCUAGAAAGAUCUCGCGUUUGCCAAGUUUCUGAUCCUGAACGUAAUUAUCACUGUUUCUAUCUCCUUUGUGCUGCACCUCAAGAGGAAGUUAAGAAAUAUAAAUUGGGAGAUCCCAAGUCCUUCCACUAUCUCAAUCAGUCAAAUUGCUAUGAGCUUGUUGGCGUAAACGACGCACAUGAUUAUCUUGCCACUAGGAGAGCCAUGGAUGUUGUUGGAAUUAGCCAAAAGGAACAGGAUGCAAUAUUUAGAGUUGUGGCUUCAAUUCUACAUCUUGGUAACGUUGGAUUUGCCAAAGGGAAAGAGGUUGAUUCAGCAAUUCUGAAAGACGAUAAAUCCAAAUUUCAUCUUCAGACGACAGCCGAGCUACUAAUGUGUGAUUCUCGUGCAUUAGAAGAUGCGUUAUUGAAACGUGUGAUGGUUACCCCAGAAGAAGUUAUCAAGAGAAGCCUUGAUCCCGAAGGCGCAACUUUCAGCAGGGAUGGUUUGGCUAAGACCUUGUAUUCUCGUUUGUUUGAUUGGUUGGUGGAUAAAAUUAACGUGUCAAUUGGGCAAGAUCCAAAGUCAUGUUCUUUGAUUGGCGUUCUUGACAUAUAUGGCUUUGAGAGUUUUAAAAGCAAUAGUUUUGAACAGUUUUGUAUUAAUUUUACUAACGAGAAGCUACAACAACACUUCAAUCAGCAUGUUUUCAGGAUGCAGCAAGAUACAUACAACAAAGAGGAAAUUGACUGGAGUUACAUAGAGUUUGUAGACAACAAAGACAUUCUUGAUCUCAUCGAAAAGAAACCUGGUGGGAUCAUUGCUCUACUUGAUGAAGCAUGUAUGUUUCCCAAGUCAACUGCAGAUACAUUUGCACAGAAGCUGUAUCAAACAUUCAAAAAUCACAAACGUUUUAGCAAGCCCAAAUUAGCACGCUCGGAUUUCAUUAUUUCUCAUUAUGCUGGAGAGGUUCAUUAUCAGUCUGAUCAAUUCUUGGACAAAAACAAAGAUUAUAUUGUUCCUGAACAUCAAGAUUUGUUGAGUGCUUCCAAGUGCUCUUUUGUAGCAGGGCUUUUUCCUCCACCACGUGAGGAUGCAACCAAGUCAUCAAAGUUCUCAUCAAUCGGUUCUCGCUUUAAACUACAACUUCAACAAUUGAUGGAGACUCUGAAUUCCACACAACCUCACUAUAUUAGAUGUGUGAAGCCAAAUAAUCUUCUUAAACCUGCCAUUUUUGAGAACGUUAAUGUCAUUCAUCAACUACGUUGUGGGGGGGUUCUAGAAGCUAUUCGUAUCAGCUGUGCUGGAUACCCUACCAACAAGAGUUUCACUGAUUUUGUUAAUCGAUUUGGUCUUCUGGUUCCAGAGGUUUUGCGUGCCAAUCACGAUAAAAAGGAUGCAUGUCAAAAGAUUCUGAACGAUGUCGGAAUCCCAGGAUAUCAGAUUGGAAAAACAAAAGUUUUUCUUAGAGCUGGUCACAUGGCUGCAUUAGAUACACGUAGAGCAGAAAGGCUUAACAUUGCAAUCGUUUAUAUUCAAAGAACGACAAGAAGUUACCUCAUUAGAAAGCGUUUUCUUGCUAUGGCGAAUCUUGCGGUUGCCUUGCAAACUUUAUGCAGAGGAAAGCUUGCUUCUAAGAUGUACGAUGAUAUGAAAAAGAGAAGCGUCUCACUUAAGAUCCAAACUAAUUUUCGGCGAUACACAUUGAGGUCAUCCUACAUCAGACUCCAGCAUGCGGUUGUGCUCAUACAGGCAGGUCUGAGAGCAAUGGCUGCUCGUUAUGAACUUAGACACAGGAGGCGAAAACAUGCAGCUAUUAGAUUAGAGGCCAAAUGGCGUGCUCAUAGAGAAUACAAACGAUAUAAGAAACUGACAAAGGCUACAGUUGCCACACAGUGUGGAUGGAGGGGGAGAGUUGCAAGGAGAGAGCUUCGUAGAUUAAAGAUGGCUGCACGGGACAAUGGUGCACUCCAACAAGCGAAGGAGAAUCUCGAAAGACAAGUGAAAGACCUCACACAGCGUUUAGAGCAACAAACACGUUUGAAGACUGAAUUGGAAGAAACAUUGCGUGCAAAGGAACACGAGGUUCCAACAAAAGGAUCUGAUAUGGAACAGGUUAAUAAGUUAACAGCAGAAAUGGAAAAAUUGGCGCGGUUGUUAGAAUCAGAGAGACAACGAGCUGAAGAAUGUGAGAAGAAGUACGCCGAAGCCCAGGACACAAUUAAAAUUAUGAGGUCAGAAGAAAAUGAAAUGAAGGCCCAAUUAAAAUCAGAGAGACAACGAGCUGAACAAUCUGAGAUGAAGUAUGCUGAAGUCCAGGAAACAUUAAAAAGAAUGAAGUUGGAAGAAACUGAAAGGGCUUCACCUGCAUCAGACAAACAACGGGCUGCAAAAUCUGAGAAGCAUGACGUAGUCGUGGAUAGGGGUCUAAAGUUUGAAGAAACUGAAAAAAUGGCCGAAUUGAAAGAAACAUCUAUUGUUAAGGAACUCGAAUCUGCAAUAGAAGCAUCUAAUGCAGCUUUGUCCAUUGUGAAAGACACCAUUGUUUCUACAAAGGACACAGAUAAUACUGACAAGUCAACUCCAAAUGAAAAGAACCAAAAGGCUGAACCGAACGACACAGUCGUCGUUAAGGAACGCGAGUCUACAACAGAAGCAUCUGAUGCAGCAUUGUCCAUUGCAAAAGAAGCAAUUGUUUCUAUGAAGGACACUGAUAACGUUAACAGUUUAACCCCAAAACAGGAGAACCAAAAGGAACGUGAGUCUGCAACAGAAGCAUCUAAUGCAGCUAUGGCCAUUGCAAAGGAAGCCAUUGGUUCUAUGAAGGACACUGAUAAUACCAACAGUUUAACCCCAAAAGAAGAGGACCGAAAGACUGAAUUGAAUGACACGGUUAUUGUUAAAGACCGUGAGUCUGCAACAGAAGCAUCUGAUGCAGCUUUGUCCAUUGCAAAAGAAGCCAUUGUAUCUAUGAAGGACACUGAUAAUACUAACAAUUUAACCCCGAAACAAGAGAACCAAAAGGAACGUGAGUCUGCAACAGAAGCAUCUGACGGGGCUUUGUCCAUUGCAAAAGAAGCCAUUGUUUCUAUGAAGGACACUGAUAAUACCAACAAUUUAACCCCAAAACAAGAGAACCAAAAGACUGAGGUUAAUGACAAGGUUAUUGUUAAGGAUCGUGAGUCUGUCACAGAAGCAUCUGGUGCAGCUUUGUCCAUUGCAAAAGAAGCCAUUGAUUCUAUGAAGGACACUGAUAAUAUUAAUAGUUUAACCCCAAAACAAGAGAACCAAAAGACCGAAGUGAAUGACAAGGUUAAUGUUAAGGAUCGUGAGUCUGCAACAGAAGCAUCUGAUGCAGCUUUGUCUAUUGCAAAAGAAGCCAUUGUUUCUAUGAAGGACGCUGAUAAUACUAACAGUUUAACCCCAAAACAAGAGAAUCAAAAGGCCGAAUUGAAUGACACGAUUAAUGUUAAGGAUCAUGAGCCUGCAAUGGACGUAUCUGAUGUAGCUUUGUCUGUAUUGAAUAAAACGACGACCCCAGAAGCUACACAUGUUAAGACUGUGUCGGAAGAUGGGUUGCUUACCGACGAAAACAAGUAUGCAGCUGAAGUAUCUGAUGAAGUACCAGUUUUCUUGAAAACCGAAAAGAUUGACUAUUUGACUUCAGAAGUGGAAAAACUCAAGGCAUCUGUAGAUUCAGAAAUACAACGUGCGGAUGAAUUUGAAAAGAAAUUCUCUGAAGCCUUAGAAAAAAUUGAAAGUAUGCGUGUAAGGUUGGAAAAAACGGAAAGAAGCGUACUGCAACUUCAAGAAGCAUCUAGAAGGACUGAAUUGAAUGAUGCAAUGCUUGCCAAGAAACCUGUGGAGGACACUGGAAAGACUUCAAGAUCAACUACAGAGGUCGAAAAUCUUACGGCUUUAUUGGAUUCAGAGAGAAAACGAGCUGAUGAAUACGAAAAGAAGUAUGCUGAAGCCCUGGAAUCAAAUAAUAUUAUGCGUCGGAAGUUGGAAGAAUCUGAAACAAGGGAACGUGAGUGGUCAAUGGAAGCAUCUGAUGAAGCACUGAAUAUUGGGAAAAAGACCACAACUUCUAUGGAGGAUACUAAAAAGAUUGAAAGUUUAACUGCAGAACUGGAAAAGUCAAAGGCUUUAGUAGAAUCAGAGAGACAAAGAGCUGCUCAAGCCCUAAAAUCAAGCGAAGUUAGGCGUCAAAAGUUAGAAGAAACGGAAAGAACAGUCCUUCAACUACAGGAUGUCGUGAAUAGGAUGAUGUACAGCAUGUCAGGCCAAUUUUCAGAGCGAAAAAGCAUGUUACGCCCUUCAUCCAGUUCGAGCGUAACUUCCGGAUGUGUUAUCAAAGACAGUUACCGCGAUACUACUUUUACUUCUUCUGAUAUGACAUCAAAUGAUUCCUAUGACAGUUCUUGAUCUUUCUGUGCCUGAAAAACAACCAGGGUCUGAAAACUGGGAGAAUGACCGAGAGCGGGGCGUUGAUAACUUCUUCUGAUGGAAGUUGUUAGAUGAUAUAGUUUGACUUUGACCUAGUAGGUAAUAGGAUCACUACAAUUUCUACACAUUGGAGCAGCAAGAGGAA